UCAUCAUUCACAAAUCACAAAAGGCUCGAUCGCUUUCUUUUGAUACACCAUAAUAUGAUGAUUGCCAUGCAUCGUGGGCUUGGGCUCUUUGUGUAUACUAGUAUCCUCUUGAUCCCUGUCGACACUGCGACGAUGAUUCUGGUACGAGGGUUUUCGCCACAAAGUCAGUUUCGUAUUUCACGUGGUCUGCUUCGACGGUCUUUGGCAGUAAACGGCGAACAAAAUGAGGUCAACAGCCAAAAGAAAAGAACAGAAACAAGUCUCCCUCCAGUUCCAGAAAACGCUCAUCGAAUUGUUCUCAUGAGACAUGGAGAGUCGGAAUUCAACAAUGCCAAUAUCUUUACGGGCUGGUGCGAUGUUGCCUUGACACCUCGUGGGCGGGUCGAAGCUUCGGAAGCUGGUGAAGUCUUUCGGUCUCAUGACUUGACAUUUCGUCAUUGCUACUGCAGCAUGUUGACUCGGGCCAUUGUGACAGCUCAAAGAGCCCUAGAAGCGGGAGGGGUAUCCUACACACCAAUCAGCUACGACUGGCGACUCAAUGAACGACAUUAUGGAGCCCUGCAGGGUCUAUCCAAAGAACGAACUGCAGAACGGUUGGGCCGGGAACGCGUCAUGGGUUGGCGUCGAAGUUAUUAUGCACGGCCGCCAGAAAUGACAGAGGGUCAUCCACACUAUGCCAUUAUCAACUAUGAUGCUCGAUACCAAAACCUGGGCAACAGUGUUCCACUCACUGAGUCCUUGGAGGAUUGCCAAACUCGAGUGAUUGAAGCUUGGAAGGAUAUUGUUCAAGAUACCAUGCAAGCAGAUGCUGAUGGUGCAUCAUCCCAUUCGCUUAUCGUAGCUCAUGCCAACACCUUGCGGGCUUUGGUGAUGCAUAUUGACAGUAUACCAGCAGAGGAGAUUGAAGACCUCAACAUUCCGACCGGCAUUCCAUUUUAUUACAAUUUGUGCAAAACCACAGGUCAAGUCCUCGCAGUUGAUGACAAGGACCAAGGCGAGUAUGUGAAAGGAGAAUCACUAGGAGGAUUUCGUGGCGUCUACAUUAGCGAUGACAGAAAGAAGAGAAGCUUCCUCGAAAGAAGAAGGGCAGCGAACGAUCCUUGGCUCUGGGCCUUACAUGAUGAUCAAGUUGCCAGGAGCAUGUUGGUGGGAAGGGAAGAGGAGAGCGGCGCUAAGGAAAAGAUCGAAGAUCUCGCAGAUAUGGCAAAGGAAGCGCUUAAGAACACAGAACUCUUCUCAAACGUUGGGUCCAAGGAUUUGUAGUCGUGUUAUUCUUGAUUACAUUCCAGCAAGUGCAGCUGCACACGUUAGCUCACCUAUUGACUGUAAAUCCCCACAAUUGUCCAUAAUUCAAACGAAAUUCCAGUUUUCC